CUGAGCUGCAGGAGCAGGAGAGAUCCGCUGUGAGUCCGAGCUGAUCAAGAAUUCCGGCUCUCUGGUACCUCCAGCUGUGCCAGGGAGUUCACUCCGGCUGAUUUGGUGUCCACACUGCUCCCUGUGGCCUCUCCCCGCCAUGGCCCUCCUGGCUCUCACCCUGGCACUGCUGACAAUCACCGUGGCCACCAUGACCAUUGAGGAAAAGCCCCUGGACAUGGCCCCGGAGUCCUUCGAUGACCAGUACCAGGGCUGUGGCCCUGCCAUGAAGGCGGAGCUGCCGGCUCUGAACCACUCCGAGUUCCACGACAAUCCUAGUUUUGCUGACAUGUGGCCUGUGUCCGUGGAGAGGUGGAAGUAUCAGGGGUCCCCUGUGUCCCCUCUGUCGUCCCCAGACCAGGCCAUCGCCAUCAUGACCGCCACCAACUUGGACCUGUACGAGUAUUUCAAUGAGGAAGUGCGAGAGGCUGGGCGCUCCGCCCAGGAAUACCGGUACAAUUUCCACUACAAAACGCUGCAUUUCCUGCUGACCGACGCUCUGGCCACUCUGAGGGACGCUCACAAGGGGCAGAAAUGUCACUUGGUGUUCCGAGGGGUGUACUACCUACGGUACAAGGCAAAGCCUGGCGACAUCGUCCGGUUCGGUCACUUCAUGUCGUCGACACUUAACAAAACUGUCGCAGAAAGAUCUGGGAUCACCACGUUGUUCAAGGUGCAGACGUGUCACGGCGCGGACAUCCAGGCAUUUGGUGACAAUCCCGAUAAGGAUGAUGUGCUGAUCCCUCCCUUUGAGAAGUUCAAGGUCACCAAAGUCAUUGAGAAAGGGGAGAAGGUGGAGAUCCACCUCGACUCCAUCGGGACCUACAGCAAAUACAACUGCGAGUGGUUGAGAGGCGGGAGCGUCCCCAGGGCCGCCUUUCACAUUGGAGGACUCCUCCUGGCCACCACAGCCCUGGCAGCGGCCACGGGAUCCUCUGAGCCAUGAGGUCACCAAGUUCAAUGUGGCCACCAUUAUCACCAAGACCACCAGACUGCCACAGUAACGA